UAAAUCAUGGUAAGAUGCCAGGGGAAUUUUUGAAAAAGCUUUAAAUCAAUAACCUAAUAGUUCAUUAUCAUGAUUAGGAUUAGGGAUUACAAAUUUAAGAUUGAGAGAUCCAAUAGAUUGUUAGGCAGAUAUAUAAGAACCUUUCAAUGGUCAAGUUUGGGGAUAUCUUGCAUUAAAUUGUAUAGUUUUAAAAAAGAGGAUAAUAAGCAAAAUAAUAUGUUUAUAGAGAAUGGAAUAAACAGAAGUUAAUGAUUUAUAUUUAUUACUUGAAUUAGCUUAGGAGAUGUCCUAAUGUUGUGAUUUUUAAAGUUGAAGAUCAAUUAUGAUAAGAAUUUAUGAUUCUCAAAUUAUAAUAUCAAAUAUAGGGGAAUUAUUAAUGAAUCUGUGAUAGGUAUAUUCAUAACUUGGAAGAUAUGAAGAAGCUAAAUAAUACUAUAUUGAAUCAUUGGAAUAUUAAGAAAGUGCUAAUGGAAAAGCUAAG